GCGUGAUUUGCCCCUUUCCCUGAUUCCUUGUCCGAAUUUCUUCCCCGCAGUCUCCGGUCGUCAUUGAUAUGAAAUUUCUUUGGGUCGUGACCCCCUCCUUCUGCUCCCUCCAUGCCUUCUCCAUCCUGAGCUUUCAAGCAACCUGAUCCUAUGGCCAAUCAACAAGAUCUGCAACAAUACAGCAUGAAGAAGCCUGUGGUGACCGGCUUCCAGAGCAUGGAGGUCAAUGAAGUCAACGAUGAGGAUGAAGUCAAGGGAACACGUUAUGAUAUGACGGAGAUGGAUCGCAUGGGCAAGGCCCAGCAGUUCAAGAGAAACAUCCGUCCGCUGGCAGCGCUCAGUUUCUCUGCUGUUUUGCAAGCCACCUGGGAAUAUAUCUUGCUGUCCAACUAUCAAGGUUUGCAGGACGGCGGGCUGGCAGGGAUGCUAUGGUCAUACGUCUGGAGUACCGUGGGUUUCGGCUUCAUCAUCGUUUCCCUGGCUGAGAUGGCAUCGAUGGCUCCCACGUCUGGCGGCCAGUACCAUUGGGUUUCGGAAUUCGCACCGGCCAGGUAUCAGAAGUUUCUGAGUUAUGUGACCGGUUGGAUGUCGGUCCUUGCCUGGCAAGCAGGCACGGCCUCCGGUUCCUACUUGACAGGGUCCAUCAUACAAGGGUUGAUCAGUGUCAGAGACCCUAGCUAUGACGCCACGGGUUGGCAGGGCACCCUGUUUGUCUUUGCCAUGAUCUUGGUUGCGUAUUACUUCAACGUGUACGCCUCGGGCCUCAUGGCCCGCAUGCAGAAUGUCCUGCUCGCUACACAUGUGCUCUGCUGGGUUGUGAUCGUGGUAUCGCUUUGGGUCCUGGCUCCCCUGCAGUCGGCUGAAGCGGUCUUCACCAAAUUCGAGAACUUUGGUGGAUUCUCUUCGAUGGGGUUGACGGUGAUGGUGGGCCAACUCUCCGCGAUCUAUGGCUGUCUGAGUUCGGAUGCAACGGCCCACAUGUCGGAGGAAAUCAAGGACGCCGGUCGUUAUGUGCCCAUUGCAAUCACAUGGUCAUACUUCGCCAAUGCAAUCCUGGCGUUGAUUGUGCUGAUUACUAUGCUUUUCGCGACUCCUUCCGUCGAGGAUGCCCUGAACGACGAGUCAGGCUAUCCUCUGAUCUAUGUCUUCAAGCAGGCAACUGAUACGUCUGGAGUCAAUGGCCUGAUGGCGAUUAUCUUGAUCCCUGUGAUUCUCAGCAACAUUCUGUUCAACGCCUCCACCGCUCGGCAAACAUUCUCUUUUGCUCGUGAUCUUGGACUGCCGUUCUCAAAAUGGACUGCUAAGGUGGACGAGAAGCGUAAGCUUCCGGUCAAUUCGGUGAUCUUGACCUGCGUUUUCAGUGCUCUCUUGGCUUUGAUCAACAUUGGCUCUGAGACCGCUUUCAAUGCCGUGGUAUCUCUCAAUGUAGCCGCGCUCAUGUUCUCCUAUUCCAUCUCCAUGAGCUGUCUGAUCUGGCGAAAGCUCUACCACCCGGAGAGCCUGCCGCCUGCUCGCUGGGGGCUUGGCCGCUAUGGUUUGGCUGUGAAUAUCAUUGGAUUGAUAUAUGUUCUCUUCGCGCUGUUCUGGUCAUUCUGGCCAAGUGAGCUUCCUGUUGCGGCUGACAACUUCAACUGGAGUGUGGUGAUCUUCGUGGCUAUUUUCAUCCUGAGUUUGGUCAUGUAUGUGGUCAAGGGAAGAGGGGAGUAUGAGGGACCAGUGACGUUGGUCAAGAAAGGGGGUCAUGACCUGUAGGCUAUGAAGACGGAUUGGAUAUAGUUCUUGAAGCCAUCUGGGAUGAAAAUAAAGGAG